GGAAGGAAAAUGAAAAAGAAAAUAAACGAAAAAUAAUUCUCGCGAACCAAACACAUCAACAACAACAGCAUCAUCAUCAUCAUCAUCAUCAUCAUCAUCAUCAUCAACCACCAGAAGAGAUUGCUUUCUUCCCCCUCCCUUCCUUCUUCUCAGUUGGUUCCUUUUCAGAUUUCGAUCACUAUAUCACUUUCUGUGCUUCGCUUUUCUUGGUCUCUUAUCAGGACAAUCAAAACAUUCAUGUGACACUUUGAUGAAGAAUGCUAUCUGGGUUUUGUAGAUCACGCCCAGAUCUCGUUUUCUUUUGAUCUAGCCGAAUAGCUCUGAAUAUUUGUUUAACUGAAAGAGAAUAUAAAGGAGGGAUUUCUGCAUAUAGGAAUUUUCAUCAUAUGAAUUGGGUCUGAUUCCUUUUGGGAGAUGAGAAGGGGAUUCAACCACUUGUACUGGAACUACCAUCAAUUGCUUAAGAGCAUGCUUGCCGGUUUAUGACUGCAGAGAGGAUAAGAUGCCUACAUAGUGGAUUGGAUGUUGUUCCCGAUCAAAAUAGUGGAUUGGAUCCUCUGAGGAUUGCUAAUACUGCCUUGAAUUUGGUUUAAUGGAAAUGGGUUCCAUCACUUCUUCUGAUAGCACGGCCAUCAUUUGUCAUUGAUUAUGUGGCGUCUGCUCUGAGAGUGUUGUGGCCAGUAUCGGGUUGUUCUACAGUUUGCGUGACAAAUUUUUAGCUUGUCAUUUUAAGUUAUGAUCAAGAAUUUUCUUAAUAGGCUCCCACGGAAGCCAUCCAAGUCAGCAGAAAAUCGUGAUGGGGGAAUGUCUACUACCUCUUCAAAUGUUUCCGCCACUUUACGAAGUGAUUUAGCAAGUAGUCAGUUUGGGAACUUGAAUGCUACUUCUGUUCCGGGUCUUAAUUCUACUUCAAAUUCAGGAGUAAGUCAAGGAAAUAAGAUCCCCCAAGCUUUGAACUCAAAGUCGAAUGGGAAUUCAACAUUUUCCUCGUACGAGGCAUUGCCGAGUUUUAGAGAUGUUCCCAACUCUGAGAAGCAGAACUUGUUCAGCAAAAAGCUGAACUUGUGUUGUGUUGUGUUUGACUUUACUGACCCAACAAAGAAUUUGAAAGAAAAGGACAUCAAACGACAGACGUUGGUAGAGCUUGUUGAUUAUGUUACUUCCACAAAUGGAAAAUUCACAGAACCUGUUAUGCAAGAAAUUGUAAAGAUGGUGUCCACAAACUUGUUCAGGACACUCACUCCUCAACCUCGUGAGAACAAAGUUUCAGAAGGCUUUGAUAUGGAUGAGGAGGAGCCCAUGAUGGACCCAGCAUGGCCUCACUUGCAAAUUGUGUAUGAAUUCCUUUUGAGAUUUGUGGCAUCACCUGAGACAGAUGCAAAAUUGGCUAAGCGGUACAUUGAUCACUCUUUUGUCCUAAGGUUGUUGGAUCUCUUUGAUUCUGAGGAUCCUAGAGAAAGAGAGUACUUGAAAACUGUUCUACACCGCAUAUAUGGAAAGUUUAUGGUGCACCGCCCAUUCAUUAGGAAAGGGAUCAACAACAUAUUUUAUCGUUUUAUUUUUGAAACCGAGAAGCAUAAUGGAAUUGCAGAACUGUUAGAAAUAUUGGGGAGUAUAAUUAAUGGGUUUGCAUUGCCACUGAAAGAAGAGCACAAACUCUUUCUUGUUCGGGCUCUGAUUCCACUUCACAAACCAAAAUGCAUACCAAUGUACCAUCAGCAGUUAUCUUACUGCAUCACACAAUUUGUGGAAAAAGACUGCAAGCUCGCUGACACUGUUAUAAGGGGAUUAUUGAGGUAUUGGCCUAUCACAAAUAGUUCCAAGGAGGUCAUGUUCUUAGGCGAGCUGGAGGAGGUUUUAGAAGCAACUCAGCCCCCGGAGUUUCAGCGCUGUAUGGUACCCUUGUUCCGCCAGAUUGCUUGUUGCUUGAGCAGUUCACACUUUCAAGUGGCAGAGAGGGCAUUGUUCUUAUGGAACAACGAUCACAUUGAAAACCUAAUCAAACACAACCGCAAGGUCAUUUUGCCAAUUAUCUUUCCCGCCUUGGAAAAAAAUGCUAGAAACCACUGGAACCAGGCAGUACAGAAUUUGACAUUAAAUGUCCGCAAAAUCUUCUCUGAUAUUGAUCCAGAGCUCUUUGAGGAAUGCUUGCAUAAAUUUCAGGAAGAUGAAGCCCGGGAAGAAGAAAUUAAGGAAAAACGAGAAGCCACAUGGAAACGCUUAGAGGAGAUCGCUGCAAUGAAAGGUGCUAGUAAUGAACCAGUGCUUGUCCACCCUAGGAUAUCCAAUCACACACCGUCAGGCUAGAGAAGAUCAGAAAUUCUCUAGUUUUGGGUUUGUCAGGUUAAGAAUGGCGAAGAACGCCACUGUGCAUGAAUGAGGACUGUAUAUAUGGGCUCGGGGUAAUGGAAAAAAUGGGUGUUUUCAUAGCACUGCGCUGCACAAUUAUAUGGAGGAAAUUUGGUAGGUGACUUUUGGGCUUUUGUUUUAUUUUAUUUUAUUUUUUUGUGUGUUGGUAGUGUCUAAAGAGGGGCGACAUUGAAAGAGCAUCAUUUUGGAGGUUGUUUAACAUAUUUUUGAAUUGGAUUUAAUUUAAAUGUGCACUUGAAUUUAUAUAUGUAUCAUUAUCCUAUGUUGGUGAAAUGGAAUAUCUUGCGUGGCAUGAGUUGUAAUCCGAUUCGUAUUAAACUGGCAAACAAUAUUUGAUUA